AUAUAUAUUCUGCAUAGUUUUAUGAUAAUACGUGUCUUUUUGUGACUGUAGAAACCUUUACUGCCCCUCAUUUGAUUAAUAAAUAUAGUUACUUUCGACGCGUCACUCACAGUGUGGGCGUGUCAGUGCGGAAAGGGGGCGUGGUUUGUGUAUUCGUCGCGUGUGGGUGAAAGUAUCUGCGGGUUUAACUUCAGUAUCUGUCGGGUUUCGGUCUCGCACACACGAGCGCUUGAUUGUGGAUUUAUCUUUGAGUGCAUCACCUCAUGAACAGAUCAUGAAGUAGUUUCAGAUGAUUCAUUGAGCAGAUCUUAAAGGCUUUUAAAGGAUGUUUUUGGUAACACUUUUAUCAGCUUUAGUUCUGAGUGGAUCUGCACAAUACUCCAGUGACCAGUGCAACUGGACGGGAAGCGGGCUUACGCACGAGUCUCACACCCGGGACGUGGAGCAGGUUUACCUGCGCUGUGCCGAAGGCUCUCUGGAGUGGCUCUAUCCCACAGGCGCCAUCAUCGUCAACCUUCGACCCAACCUGCAGACGUCUGCGGGAUCCGGCGAGCGCCUGCACGCAUGCAUCAAACCUCACGUUGACUCGCGAGGGGCCGCGCUGUACGUGGAGCGCGCCGGAGAGCUGAGAUCGCUGCUGUCAGAGGCGGAGCAGGCCGCCGGUCACGUGCGCUGCUUCAGUCUCCAGGAGGGGGCGCUGUUUGUGGAGGCGACCGCACAGCGGGACAUCAGCAAGAGAAUCACAGCGUUUCAGUAUCAGCUGAUCUCAACCCAGAUGACGGGAGAUGAGCUCUACUCGCCCACAGCUUCAUGUAAACGCUGCAGUGAUGAAGAGGUGCUCAUGGAUCUGUGUGCCAGUGACUUCGCGGUGCGUGGCAGUAUUCAGAGGAUCGAGGAGGAGGAUGAAAAUCAGUUCACAGCUGUGGUGUCAUUGAGUCACGUGUAUCGUCAGAAGAGUCGCGUGUUCGUGUCCGGCGGCGGGGGACGCGGGCGUGGUCGGUGGACGGGUCAGGUGAAGAUCUCACAGCGGUGCGGCCCUCGGGCAGGACAGGGCGAGUUUCUUCUGACGGGAGCUGUGAGGUUUGGAGAAGCCUGGGUGGGAUGUUCUCCUCAUUAUGAAGACUUUCUCAAACUCUACCGCUCGGCGCUGGAGUCAGGGACAAACCCGUGUCAUAUAGACAUGGAUUGAAACAAACCGACGAUCACAUCAUCUUACGCAAGAAAUCGUAAUGGUCCUUAAAAUACUUCAUUUAUAUGAAGUUUAAUAUAAAGCCUUAUUUAUUUCUUAAAAUAGUGGAGUGAUGUUUGAUAAAGAAAUGUUGUUGACAGGUUUCGAGAGGUCGGUGAUUCUGUCCAUCUCUGAUUCCAGAGCAACAGAAGUUUUUGUUUUGUUUGUUUUCGUUGCCAGAUUUCUUGCAUAUGAAACUGAUAUUAAGAAAGUGUGUUGUAACACUUGUGAAUCAGAGUUUAUGAAACUGUUCUCUUGCUGAGAAGAGAGCUUUGGUGCUUUUGUUAAAAGCUUUGUUUAUAGUCCGAGCGGUCGAUUCUCCAGACCGGGUUCUUGUGUCUAUGUGUGUUUGGAUGCUGAAAUGUGCGUUCUGUGUAUAGUUUCAUGAGUUACCUUUUCUGCUCCAUUACUUAAUUAAAACAAACUGUGGAUGAUUCAUAAGUGUGAUGUUUUUUGGGCCUCCUUAAGUGAGGAGAAAAUUGCCUUCCUCUGUGAUCAGUUUUUUUUUCAUUUCCUUCAUGAUGGAAAAUGUUCAAUGAAAAACCUGCUGAACAAGUUUAGUCAAACUGUCAACGUUUAAUAUCAGUGAGAUGGACUUUUUAACCUCAUAUGAUUUUGAGAUCCAAGCAAUCAUUAAUCCUUCAUGCAAAAUAUUUCAGGCCAAAGUUUCUCUGAGCUGGAAUUUACUGCAGUUUUCCCCCAAAUGAAUGCCAAGUUGGACUCUACGACUACGACUGUGAUGUUUCUUGAAUUAUUUAUUGUUGAAUCAUUAUUUUAUUGCGCUGAUUUUGUCUGAGUUUGGCUUUUAGAAAGCAGAGUAUCAGAUUUAUAGUGUAAUAGUUUAGAUUUAUAGUCUGAGAUGUAUCUGGAAAAUGAAGUUUUGGGCAGCAUAAAAGUUUUGGUUUCAGACUCUGGAGAAGCAAACAGAUGGAAGGAGAGAGAGUGUUUCUUUUGCUUCUAGAUACUGGGCAAACGUCCCUCUAUUCAUUCAACAUCUCACACACACACACAAGAAUGAGACUGCGCUGUCAUUACAUGAAAACCAUGACAACAGACAAUCGUUUCCAUGGACACGCUGUUCUCAUGAUGUCAUGGCGGCAUUGUCCUAAGUUCAGAGAACUUUGUAUGUGACCGUGAGUUCCUGUAUCGCAGCCGAUCAGAGACGGGCAGACGGCCAGACAGUCGACCGAGAAUGAGAACAGGCUAAAAGAAAAUGUCUUUUGCUUUUGUGUGGAAUGCAUUAGUAAUUUCAUUUGAGUGUGUGUAUGUGUGUUU